AUGUGGGCUUUGAUCUCCUCGCGGCUGGAUGGCCCCAGCCCCGUGAGGAUUGAGAACGUGCAGUUUGGGCUCGUGCAAGACACCCGCGUAUGCACGAACAUGACUGACCUAAAGGUGGCGGGCAUCUCCCUCCUGCAAGGCACGCUGGAGGAGUGUGCUCAGGCAGUUGCCGGCCCGGCCCGUUCCCGCGGACUUUGUGGGCAAAGUGGCUACUUCCAGUUCCGAAACCAUGUCGGCGGAGGUUGCCAGUGUGCCCGUGACGACUGCAGCUCGAUGUCGGCGGAGGUUGAGUGGGCCGUGUACCUCGUCUUGCAGGACGCCGUUCCGGUCGGCUUCCGGAAGAUGCAGGUUGGCAAGCACUGCACCAACUACCAGAACCUCCGAGUCGCCGGACUCUGGGAGCGAGGGACUCUGAAGGCAUGUACAAUGCUGGUGGCCAAUAGAGGACGGGCCUUUGGCUGCGAGGGUUCGUACUUCCAGUACCGCGCAGACAACGGCGACUGCGGUUGUGCCACGGACACCUGUGAUUUGCAGACUGAGAACACCUUGUGGACCAUCUACCACGUGGAUAGCGGGGUGAUCACACCGCCCCUGGUGCCUUUGCCGCUUCCCGCGUACGCGCGGGUUGCAGAUGGCAAGCACUGCUCCAACUAUGUGAAUCUCAGGGUGGCGGGACUCUGGCAUAAAACAGGGGGCCUGGACGGCUGUCGCCGUCUGGCCAUGGGAGAGGGCACCACUGCUGGGCAUUGCUCGGGGCCGUACUUUCAGUUUGCAGCGGGCAACCAGGACUGCGGCUGCGCCACUGACGGCUGCGUGGAGCGGACGACCCAGGCCAACUGGGCCAUCUACUCCUCCACGGCUCCACACGUCUGGGAUCUGGAACGCCAUUGCAGCAACUACGUGAACUUGCGGUCUGCGGGCCUCUGGACGGCUCCGGGGUCCCUGACCAACUGCUGGAGCUUAGCGGCGGCGCGCCGCGGCCAGGAGUGCGUGGGGACCUACUUCCAGUACGCCAGUUCGACCGGCGACUGUGGCUGCGCCACAGACGCCUGCGAGUCCAGGUUGUACUCACCCGACUGGAACAUCUACCUCCUCUCGGAGGACGCGCCGCCGCAGGCGAGCACCAGCUUGGCUGUGAAGGGCUGGAGGCCUGUCCUCUUGUUAGCCCUCGGCCUACACCACCUGAAUCCCUAG